AUUUGCGCAUAGGGUUGCCAAGGCUUCUUGUUACAGGAUUACGCAAGUCAAUUGCCUGUACACAUACAUGGGUGGCGGCAAGGCACAAGGACCACGAAACGCUUGCGCUAAUGCGACGGCUGAUUUGACAAUUGAAUUUCCUUAAUAAAUUGCAACAGCAAUUACGAGUUACCCCUUAGCGUAGCGGAGGCUAGUGUGCUGCAGGCGACGCCAUGAACCUGCACAUCGCGCAGCCCCGGCUCGGGUGCAGUCGGCACCACAUUUCCGGGCAGAAUUGCUCUCCGGCAGUUAUUCCAUGCGGCUUCACGGCGGUAUCUCGUCGUGCGACGCCUACUCAACCAGCACGAGAUGUGGUGGCGAGGUCCUCCAAGGCGAUGACGCGAGACUGGGACGAACUAGCAGACGCGCUGCCACGUGCCAAUCCGGAGAAGCGCGUCUUGCAGGACAUCGACUUCAGCGACCUGGUGCGCCGCUGCGAGAGCUGGGAGGCGCUGCAGCGGCUGGAGGGCGACCUGCGGGAGAGGUACGACCGGCAGCCCUACCUGGCAGUUGCCGUACUGCUUCGUACGGCGGAGCUAGUGGACGUGGAGACGGCGGGGGAGGCGGAACGGCGGGCGGUGGCACGCAUGCUCAACACCUCGCUGGCGCCCUUCAUCGCGGACGAGGGAAUAUACAGGUACCGCCCCCACACGGUUCCCUCGCUGCUGUCCGCACUGGCCGUACUGCAGUACCGCAACCCGCGCCUCAACACAGCCAUCAUGAAGCUGUUCGAGAGCGGUCUAGACGGCUCCCUCGCCCGCCACCUCUGCUCGGUGGCCGCCUCAGCUGCGCUCCUGGGGGUGCGGCUGGAUGAGGAGGCGGCGGAGAAGAUGGGCGCGCGGCUGUCGUACGUGCUAAAACACUGUACGGCAGAGGACGUGGGGAACCUGGCCACCGCGCUGGCGUCGUACAGCAAGCUGCCCCCCUCUCUGGGCCCCGCCUUCCUCUCCCGCCUGGCCGGCAAGAGUCGCGAGAUGCUGGGCGAGCUGAGCGGCGAGCAGCUGGUGGACCUGCUGGGGCUGUUUGUACGGCAGGGCCUCCCCCUCACAGGCGCCUGGGUGGCCUCCCUGCAGUCCGCGCUGCUGGCCGCGCUGCCCGGACUCACGCGCCCGCGCAGCUACGCCACUCUGCUGUUCAGCCUGGCUAAGGGCUCCCUAGCCAUUACGGAGGACUUCCUGGCCGCACUGCUGGACCGCCUCAUCUGGCCGGAACAGCCACAGCAGCAAGGGCAGCAGCCCGGCAGCAGCCCCACCCUGCUUAGCCGCAUGCGCGGGGGGGACCUGGCGGUGGUGGCGGCGGUGCUGUCCAUAUACGGCUACUGCCCGCCGCCGGAGUGGGGCGCGCAGUUCGUGGAGGCGCUGGAGGCGCGGGUGGGGCAGCUGGACGCGAAACAGGUGGUUACAGUGGUUGACACGUGCACCGAGCUGGAGCUGCCUCUUGGUGGAGACCUGCUGGAUGAACUGCUGGCGGCGGCGGAGGGGGCGCUGGUGGAGGCGGCGGCGGAGGCAGCAACGGCCGAGGCAGCAGCAGCGGCGGGGCAGCAGCAGAAGGAGGGGAAGCAGGGGACGUCGGCUAAGAAGGGGGCGGCGGCUAAGAAGGGGGCGUCUGCUGGGAAGGGCGCGAAGACGCAGGAAGGGGAGGAGGUCGAGGGAGCCGAGCAGCAGUCCCCCCAGCAGUCCCCCCAGCAGCCCCAGCCCCAGUUGCCCCCCGGUCGUGUGCUGCAGCUGGCUGCCUCGCUGGGGUCGGUGGGGCACCGGCCGGACGGGCCGUGGUUGAGGAACCUGCAUGCGGCCCUGCUGGCCAUGUCCAGCCGGGCUACGGCAUCUGAGCUGACCGAGGUGGUUGCCGUACUGCCGCACCUGUCGUACACCUACCCGCCUGAGGGCGAGAAGACGGCUGCCGUACUGCAAGCUGUCAAGGCCCGAGCGGAGGCGCUCAAGGGUCUGGAGGCGCCGACCCGUGGGUCCAUCCAGCAGUCGCUGAAGCAGCUGGGCUACACCAAGGCUGCGGACUUUGCGGACAGCCUCAAACCCCCACCCCCGCCUCCCCCUCCGCCUGCUCCUGCUGCUCCUGCUGCCUCCGCCACUAAGAGCACUUCUCGACGGAAGACAGCGGCCGCGACAACGUCGGCUCCGGCACCACCCCCGCCGGCAGCAGCAGCGCCUGUGGCAGCGGCGGCAGCUCCUGCUACUGCGCCAAGUGCCCCAGCAGCCGCAGUUGGGGCGUCGUCGUCGGGACGGGCUGCUCCCGCUCCCACCUCAGCUGCUGCUGCUGCCUCAAUCACCGGUCCCAGUGCCGCUGGCGCUGCAGUCUCCUCGCGGCCCCGGCAGUCCCCGGCAGCCGCUGCUGCAGCACCCGCGUCGCGGCAACAGCCGCAAGCACCUCCACCGCAGCCGCCGGCUUCCUCGUCGACGCUUGUGGGCUCCACUCGCGGCCGGGGUCGAGCGGCGUACGACAGCAGGGCGCCGCGGGAUGUUGGAGGCUGGGACGACGAAGACGAGCGCGACGAGGUGGAGGAGGACUAUGAUGAAGACGACCGGCGCGCUCCCCUCCGUGGGGCCGUUACCAGCCGCGCCUUGCCUUCCGGCCGUACCGCGUACCCCGCCUCUGCUUCCGCCUUCUCUUCGGCGCCUCCUUCCCGGCCAUCGCAGGCUCCGUCCCGCGCUGCCCCGUCUGCCCCGUCUGCUGCUGCUGCGCCAGGAGGCUUUGUGGCCUCCAUCCGCGGCAGCAGGAGCCGAUCGGCGUACUCUGCUGCUGCCGCUCGGUACCAGGAUGACGAUGAUGAUUUCGAGGAGGAGGAGCGGGCGGUGGGCAACCGCAGAUGGGACGAGCCUGAGGACGAGGUGGAGGAGGAGGAGUGGGAGAGGGCUGCCCCGCCGGUGCGCCGUGCCCCCAUGCCGCCUAGCAGUGCUGCUGCUGGCAGGGGCACUGCCGGACCCGCAGCUCCCUCACGCGCUGCGGCCGGGUCCUACUCGUCCUCCUCUCGUCCGCCCUCGUCGUCCUCCUAUGUGUCGCCUUCUCCCUCGGCGUCUGCGUCCUUCCAGCGGUCGCAGCCGCCGGCCGGCCGUGGCUCCGUGCAGCCCUGGCAGCAGCGGCAGGAAGAGGAGGAGCAUGGGGAGGAGGACUUGGGGUUCGUGGGCAGCACUCGGACGUCCCGCCGCCGGAGGUGAAGGGAGGAGCGGGGGUAAGGAGGAGGAGGGCGGUGGACAUAAGAGUCAAGCUGGGUGUGACCCAUGGGUCAAGUGAGUAGGGGCACACGUUUUUGGGGCCGGGACUUGGACACGGUUGGACGAUGCCUUUUGCGGCGGUGAUCAUGUUGAAGGAUGUGUAGACGGCCAAGACGUUUUGCAGGGUUACGGAGUUCGCUAGCGACGGAACUAGCAGCGGUGAUGAUUGGUCGUGAGAGCUGCAUUACACAUCUAAGUAGACUGUUCUGGCCCCUCAUAGGGAGAAUUGAGUGGGGGUGCAAGGUAUAGGGGGGCUGGUCCUCAUAGCUUUGAUUUUGCAUGUUUACCCCACAUAGCGAGGGUUGCAUAGCUGGUGGUUAUAGAACUGAGUGUUGACGGCUUCGCUGGGGUGUGGGGGUGACCUUGUCUGUUGGCCUGUUUUGGCAAGGGCUCUUCAUUAGAAUGGUAUCGUCUCUAGACGAACGGACCGACAGGUUGGCGAAGGGAAGGAAACAAUGUAAAGCGAACGCGCAUGCCACACUCAUGGACAAUUCGCUCUCCGUGUCCGCCCUUGCAUUGAUUAACUGAGCUCCCCGCUCCCAAGCCACCAGCUAGGCC